GUAAGCGCCGCUAGUUAUAAAUUUCGGACUUCCUGUCAGACUCGAUCUUGCUUGAUUAUUUUCACCAGACUGACGCUCAGAGGUAGUUGAAAUGUGAAAUUUUAAAAAAGGAAGGAAGUUAACACAACAAAUAUGUCAUCAUAUCAAUCCUACAGUGCUGUUGGUCAUACCAAUAUAAGUUCAGUAGCCAGUGUUUCUGCAGAUUUAGUAGCGCAUCGUGGAAUUUGGCGUAAAGUUAUCUCCAUUAUUAUUUUCUUGGGGUUUUUAAUUACAUCAUGGGCUGUGAUUGUAUUACAUGCAUUAAAUUUCACAAAUGAAAGUAUUCUUGAACUAUCGGUAUCCAUUUCUGUAUUGAUAGGUGGACAAUAUAUAAUAACUGGUAUUGUAGAUGGUAUUAUCUACUGGAGACGUUGGAAUGCAUCAAGCCAACGACGACGUACAAAAAUGCAAGAAGAGAAUAAAAAAGCUUGGAUAUUUAUGCGAAUCACGCUAACAUUGUUAGGCAUGGCUCCGAUAGCAAGAUUUAUUGAGUCGAUAGUUGCAAUAAAACGAAUGAUUAGUUUAGAGAAACAGUAUAUGUCUGAAACGAUCGCGUUAGUUAAAGAAGUUCAGCAACCAUCAAAUCUUCCAAGUGGAUCGUUACUAAGUGUACCAAUUACAAAUAAUCAAUUUUCACAACGAACAAAAACACUGGAUAUAUCAAGUAAUCCUUCACGAAUGCGGCAGCUGGAUGCAGGACUUCAGCGUGUACGACGAGUACGACGUCAAUUCUGUCGUACAGAACACGAUGCAGCCAGUAUUGCUUUGACUAGUGGGGUAGUUGGUGCUGGACCAUAUGCAAUAGCUCAAGGCAUAUUGUUCUAUCGAAGGGAAACAAUACGCUUCUUAAUGACAAUUGAUACAAAAAUUAUUGUUCUUAUCUGUGCUGGAUUUAGUAUGAUAUGGUUGAGUACAAGUUUUACACAUUUCUAUCCAGCUCAAUAUCAACAAAGUGAAUUGGCAUUUGAACGUGGUGUUGGACAAGUUCACGUUAUUGGAUUAAUACUAUUAUUUUUUACACAUUUAAUACAUAUUACAUUACGCUGUUUUUCUAUCGCUUUAUUUACUGGGAGAUUUUAUCCAAUGAUAUUAAUUAUAUUAGGAGGACAUUUUAUGAUUGUUUUAAUAACAACAAUGGUUGCAAGGAUAUAUACUAGACGAUUCAAUGCUACAGAGAAAGAAGGAGAGAAAGCACGUGGUGAUGUAUGCGGGAACUUUUUCCCCGAUUUAAUUCAUUCCUAUGUUAGCCUAUAUGAAUUUAUAAAUGCUGGAGUGAAGUACACGCGAACAAGAUAUUUAAUUUAUUACUUUUUCUACUAUUUAGAAAAUUCUAUUAUGAUUGGUCUGUGGUAUGAUUAUUAUGAAUACCCUGAAUCAUGGUAUUAUUUACCGUGUUUACUAGUUGUUAUCUUAGUACAGUUCUUAGGUUUCAUUCUCUUACAAACUUAUCUCUAUGUCUACUCAAAAUCUCGACGUAAAACUACUCUAUGUGGACUAUGUUUUGCUCAUAAAGACACUGAUAUGCAGCAGCAGCAACAACAAGGACAAACGGUACAACCUCAUCAACAACAACUCUAUGAGUAUCCAAAAUCACCAAUAGGUCCAACAGGCGGUAGGUCUUCAGUUUAUCAUUAUGGUAGUAAUUCAGUGCUGAGAAAUGGAUCUCAGUCGACACUGAUGAAUACGUGUAGAGCACCAUCAGGUAAACUGAAUUAUUACCCUUCUAUGAAUAGUGUUAGUUAUGCAGCAACAUUGCCUAAACGAGCACACAAUGGUGGUAUAUGUGAUCCUGUAUUCGGUGAACAAAUAGCCCAAUCAGCUACACCUCUUCAAUCCAAAGUGAAUAAAAGAUAUAAAACAAAUUUACAGAAAGCAAUAGAGCACGAUCGAAGAAAUCAAAGACCAUUAUCUGAACUAUCCACAUCUAACAAUUCAAAGCAAACAAACAAAAUUAUCCGACAAUCUACUGAAGUAAAACGACAUAAUUUAUCUGAAGGUCAUCAGCAAAAUCAUAAACCUGAGUCAGGGUCAUAUCAUAAUGCAUAUACGCAUACACGUCAAAGGCCAGUAUCAUAUCAUGCAAGAUCGAUUUCUAAUAUUAGUCAAUCUACAGAGAAAUAUACUAAACGAUCAUUACAUUCAAAUAGAUACUUAACACGAGAGACUUCUCAGCCUAGAGCGGUAAACAAGCCAAGCGAUUCAAAUGAAGCCUCACAACGACAGCCAGUAAUAAAGAAUUCAGUGCAGUCAGAUAAAGGUGUCUACCAAUCAAGAAGUAAUCAGUAUCACUAUGAUACAGCAAACAAUCGCACAAAACAAAAACGUCAUGUAUCCAGAGAAUGAAUUAGUGUUAUCAUACUUGUAAGGAAUUAACUAUUCCUCUCUUCUCAGUCAUUUGAAUCUUAUCAGUUGCAAAGCGCACACGAUUUCUUCCUCUUUUUUUAACACUAAUUAGUCUUCCAAAUCAUAAGAUAUAAAAAUUGUUUCACACAAACACAGGCACAUCAAAUAUUUUUCUACUACAUUUUCUUAUACUAUCACCUAGUCCUUACACUGUACUACUUAUUUAGCAAGUCAUAUCUGCCACAUAGUCGAUUUAUUCUAUCACUUUAAUUCCUCUAUGAUUAGAAAAAAGUGAAUUGUACAUACAUGAAAUUCACCGACUACCUUUUGUCUUUUCCUUAGUAGAUAAAAUUGAGUAAUCAUAGAGAUGUUACUCAUGAGUAGUUUGGAAAAAACUAGUAAAAUACAAGUUGAUCACUAUAAAAUUUGUAGGGUGAAAAUAUAGAAAUAGAUAUCGGUAAGUUGAAAGCAUUGAAAUCACUUAUUUUUUAUGUAGAAGAAAACAUUGAUAUAGCCAGAGUUACAAAAAAGAUUAUCUCCAUACAAAGAAAUUGACCUUACGAAUAGCAGUAGAAUUAAGUGUGUACUUCUGUCUAUUUGAAAGUAAAAUUUUGCAUAUCAG